AGGAGAGAUAAAAUGUCCUUCAGUGUGACUCUCAACGGAUCUGGACCAUGGGGCUUCCGCCUGCAAGGAGGGAAGGACUUCAACAUGCCGUUGACUAUCUCCAGGAUCACCCCUGGCAGCAAGGCAGCCCAGUCACAGAUGACCCAGGGGGAUAUGGUGGUAGCCAUUGACGGCGUCAACACAGAUGGCAUGACCCACCUAGAGGCCCAGAAUCUGAUCAAAUCAGCAAACUACAACCUGAAUCUUACUCUUCAAAAAUCAAAACGUCCAAUUCCGAUGCCAACAAGUACCCCGAGGAUUGAUUCUCCCAUGCCCGUGAUUCCUCAUCAAAAGUCAGGUGCCAAGCAUCGGAAUUGUGGAUCAGGUGACUGUGGCAAUGCUACAGUGGUCAAAGGAAAAAAAGGACCAGAAGUCACUUUUUCCAGUGCUGUAGCAACUUCAAAUGAACUGUUCGAAGCCCCAGCUGAGCCCCGCCCGCAGUAUAACAACCCCAUUGGUCUUUAUUCAGCAGAGACGCUCAAAGAAAUGGCUGAUUUGCAUAAGUUAAGUCUCACCCCGGCGGCAACUGGUUUUCUGCCCGGUUGCACGGAGUAUGUGGAACGUUUCAACCCCAAUGUCCUGAAGGAUUCUGCCCUCUCCACGCACAAACCCAUCGAGGUGAAAGGCCCCGGGGGCAAAGCCACCAUCAUUCAUGCCCAAUAUAACACCCCCAUCAGCAUGUAUUCUCAAGAUGCUAUCAUGGAUGCCAUUGCAGGCCAAGCUCAGGCCCAGGGUGGUGAACUUGCUGGUAACCUUCCUGUUAAAGACCCUCAUGUAGACAGUGCCUCUCCAGUCUAUCAGGCUGUGCUUAAAAACCAAAACAAGUCUGAAGAUGAGCUGGAUGAUUGGAGCCGCCGAUCUUCCAACUUGCAGUCAAAGUCCUUCCGAGUCCUUGCUCAGAUGACAGGAACUGAGUACAUGCAAGAUCCAGAUGAGGAUGCCUUGAGAAGAUCAAGAUACAAGCAACAAAGUUACAGUCCUGCAAUCAUAACUCCCCAUGGACCAGCUCCUUAUGCAUGCUACAGUGAAGCCCCAGCGCCUGCUCCGAAACCAAGAGUUGUGACCACUGCAAGCAUAAAGCCCUCGGUCUAUCAGCCAGCAGCUCCAGCACCUGCCCCACCAUCGGUGUCCACACAUACCUAUAUUCCAAGCCAAGCUGAGCCUUCAAGUCGUCCUCCCUGGGUGACAGAUGACUCCUUCUCCCAAAAGUUUGCUCCUGGGAAAAGUACAACCACUGUCACAAAGCACAUUCUGCCCAAGGGUGCUCCGGUGCCUCCAUCUUCUGCAGCACCUCCCCCAAUUCCUGCAUCCAUCCAGGCUCCUGCUAUCGCACGGGGGACAAUCCAAAGAGCAGAACGCUUCCCCGCCAGUAGCCGAACUCCACUUUGUGGACAUUGUAACAGCAUCAUCAGAGGGCCCUUCUUGGUAGCCAUGGGUCGCUCUUGGCAUCCUGAGGAAUUCUACUGUGCUUAUUGCAAGGCUUCCCUGGCUGAUGUGGGCUUUGUGGAAGAACAAAACAGUGUCUACUGUGAGCAUUGCUACGAACAGUUCUUUGCCCCGACCUGUGCCAGAUGCCAUAUCAAGAUCAUGGGGGAAGUGAUGCAUGCUUUGAGGCAAACUUGGCACACCACUUGCUUUGUCUGUGCUGCCUGUCGGAAGCCGUUUGGAAACAGCCUCUUCCACAUGGAGGAUGGAGAACCCUACUGUGAGAAAGACUAUGUUGCCUUAUUCAGCACCAAAUGUCAUGGAUGCGACUUCCCCGUUGAGGCUGGAGACAAAUUCAUCGAGGCCCUUGGUCACACCUGGCAUGAUACAUGCUUCAUUUGUGCUGUCUGCCAUGUCAAUUUGGAAGGUCAACCGUUUUAUUCGAAGAAAGAUAAGCCUUUGUGCAAGAAACACGCCCAUGCCAUCAACGUCUAAAGAAAGAUCCGGAAGGGAAUAAUGAAGC